AGUGUUGCCAGUACUGCCAGUACUGCCAGUACUGCUGAUCAUCCGAUCGGAAUUCGCUCAGCUCAGCUCGUUAAAGUUGUUUGCUGUCCAGUUGGUUCGUUGGUUCGUUGCCCGUUGGCUCUCGCUCUCGCAAUCAGUUGAAUUAUUACAGCCAGCGCGACAAGUGCGUUCUCUCCAUCUCUCACUCUGUGUGUGUGUACUCGAGUAAAGCCCUUCAACAACAAUUUUCAGUAAUUGCAUUUAAAUUUGAUUAACAAUUGAAAAGAUGCCUCUGAAUAUUAAGAAUGUUUUAGUCUGCGAUGCAGUCGAUAAGUCGUGUGUAGAGCUCCUCGAAGAGCACGGCAUCAAUGUUACAUACAAGCUUAAGCUGCCGGUUGAUGAGCUCUGCCAGGAAGUAAAAAAAUAUGAUGCUGCCAUUGUCCGUUCGGAUACGAAGAUAACAGCGGAGGUGUUAGCAGCAGGAGCGGGCAGCCUGAAGGUUGUGGGUCGGGCGGGUGCCGGAGUGGACAACAUCGAUGUGGCUGCAGCGACGACGCACAAUGUCGUUGUACUCAACACACCCGGCGGGAAUUCCAUUUCGGCUUGUGAACUGACAUGCAUCCUAAUUGGAGCUCUGGCGCGUCCCGUCGUGCCAGCCGGCCAGAGCAUGAAGGAGGGUCGUUGGGAUCGAAAGCUAUAUAGCGGAUCGGAGCUCUAUGGCAAGACGCUGGCGGUGCUCGGGCUGGGUCGCAUUGGGCGCGAAGUGGCCAUACGCAUGAAGACCUGGGGAAUGAAGGUAAUUGGCUAUGAUCCCAUUACGACGGAGGCCGAGGCGAAGGCCGUUGGCAUAGAAAAGCUAUCCCUGGAGCAGAUUUGGCCAUUGGCGGACUACAUAACAGUGCACACACCACUGAUACCAGCGACCAGAAAUCUCAUAUCUACGGAGUCGCUGGCCAAGUGCAAGCAGGGUGUUAAGGUUAUCAAUGUGGCACGUGGCGGCAUCAUCGAUGAGCAGGCUGUUCUCGAUGCCCUCAAGAGUGGCAAAUGCGCUGGCGCAGCCUUCGAUGUGUAUGCCGAGGAGCCACCCAAAUCGGAGGUUACCAAGGCACUCAUCAAUCAUCCCAAAGUGGUGGCCACUCCCCAUUUGGGUGCUAGCACCGCAGAGGCACAGGUUCGUGUUGCCGUUGAGGUUGCCGAGCAGUUCAUUGCGUUGAAUGCCACCUCGUCGAAAUAUACCAGCUACGUCGGCGUUAUCAACAAGGAAGCACUUGCCUACUAUCAGUAAUGCAUAGUAAUGUCUCUAUGCUGCAUUUUGAACUGACAUUUUGACUUGAUUUUGUUAUUCAUACAACAUACAGCCCACAUAUUAAUUAAUAAAUACUAAACGUCUAUAA